CGUCACGACGACGAUUAGCGGAAAGAUAAUAUCGACACCGGGCGUGAUUCAGAAUAGUGUCCCGUUUAGUUUUCGUCGAUUAUGACCUGUGCUUUUAUCGUACGGCGUGUUACGAGUGAAAUCGUCGCCAAAGCGUCGACUUUUCACCAGGGACCAGUUUUACCUUUUAUUUCUACUUUAAUUCCGUGACGCAUCGGGGCUCACGAAGAUUUCCUCCUCCAACGAGUAGCGUUCGCGUAUUCACGUCCUUCGUGAUACUCGUCUCACGUCAUGAAGCAGUGACGUAGAUUUGCGAAACUACAGUACACGGGCAUAUGUACCAAGGAACGGAACCACGGAAUGUUGCAUUUACCGAAUCGAUUAUAGAACCCAGUAAUUUGAGUUAAGCGGCUCCAUACUUAUUUCGAACCGGUAUAUCUUUGUAAAGAAACCGAGAGGUUUAAAUAGUCGUGUCGCGUAGAAGUGUUCAGCUUGAGCUGCAUUAUCGGCUGCAUCGUACGCGACAGUGUUGUAGAAUCGUGAUGAGAUCGUCAAAUGUAUAAUUUUUAAACGAUUCGUCGACAAAAUCGAAGAAUCGACGUAGCGUGGUGUAAGUGGCGCGUUAUGUGUAAGUAACUUGAUAAUCGUGAAAUUUCGUGAAGGUUUUUUUCGAGAUCUUAUUAUCGAGCACUGACGAAGGAAACGCAUUCAAGAAGACGCCAUGUUGUUGUAAGCUGAUGAUAAUUAAACGCUAUCAAAGUGAUCGCGGACGACAGAAGCGAUGACUUGUGCGAGCAAGGAACGUUCUUGUUCGUCAGUGCUUGGGCAUGGUGACAUUGGUGCAACAGCAUCAGCAAACAGUACCAGACGAGAACAGCCAUCAGAAGGAUCAAGAUCAAGCCAACAGCAACGCCGUUUCCAAUAACCACGAAGCUGUUAACAAACCUGGCGAGGUUGUACUCCCUGUCAAGGACAUCGUCGCUAGAAAUGGCAGCCUUGUCGGUUCCUCUACGCAGUGCAGUGACUUAGACGAUAAUGACGAAGAGGAAGAGGAGGAAACAGACGUCGAAGAUGGAGACUGGGUACCAGAUUUACCUGUACCUGCGGUGUUUCAGCACCAACAGCAAGUAACCACCGCGGAUGGGAAUGUGGUACUGCCUAACGCAGACACCUCGAAUUUUGGUGAUGUGCGUGUAAAGAACUCGACCAAUGUGCAUCUCGGUAACAAGACCUUUUACAAAGGUCCUGUGACUAUAAAGCAGUUCGUUUACACCAACCCAAUUCCAGUAAAGGAUUACGAUACUGUUGCAAGUGCCUCUAGUCAUAUCAACGCAUCUGAUUUGCCUAAUGCUAACGGAGACGCCAAUAGACCAAUCUUGUCUCAAAAUUCGACCUUUGAAAACGUAACAAAAUGGCUAUGGAAUCAAAGAUGCGUGGCGAUUUUCUUGAUACUAGUCUUAAGUUUCGUGACUGCUGUGGUCGUCGCUUGCGUCUAUAUCUUGACUAGCGCUGCUACUCCACCAGCACCUAUUUUCCCGGAAAUACCAGUUGCAGAUGUAGGAGUGGAGAAUGUACGUUUUGUUACACGAAACGAAUGGGGUGCUCAACCGCCUACAGAGCAAUUGACAAAAAUGAAACUUCCGGUACCGUACGUGAUCAUCAGUCACACAGCUACCGAUUUCUGUUCAACGCAAUCGGAAUGUACGUUUCGCGUUCGAUUUGCUCAGACGUUUCACAUCGAAUCUCGAAAUUGGUCGGAUAUCGCUUAUAACUUUCUCGUUGGCGGUGAUGGACUCGUAUACGUUGGCCGAAGUUGGGAUUACAUGGGUGCCCAAUCCUUUGGAUACAAUAAUAAAAGCAUAGCUAUUUCUUUUAUUGGUACAUUUAAUACUGUUGUACCACCCAAGAGUCAACUGUAUGCAGCGCAACGACUUAUCGAACUAGGGGUAGAAGCUGGUAAAAUUGCGCCAGAUUAUAAAUUACUGGGACAUCGACAAGUCUCUCGGACAUUAAGUCCGGGUGAUGCCUUGUACAGUGUCAUCAAAACUUGGCCUCAUUGGUCGCCAACGCCGUAAAACAUGCUAUAUCAUAUUUUGUGAUAAAUUCAUUGAGCUCUAUCCUAACUGGAGCGUGAACUCUGUAGUAAGAAGUAGAGGCGACGGAGGUCCGAGAGAAAUGCAAAAUGGGUGGUUCCGGUAUUAUCCUAUAGCAAAUUUAUUUGUAGAGGAGGAACAAACGUACGCCGUAACAUAACCUACCCGAGCAUCGCUGAGCAUUGUCGAGUGAGUUACUUUCAGGUUCUUUUCCGUAUAAAAUUGAAUAAAUACAAUAUAAAUUGAAUUGUGACAAAUAAUAAAAUUUAGCUCUAUACCAAAUUGUAUAUAUUUAUAUGAUCUAAAUUAUGGUAUGUAAAUUAUGUAUACUAUUUCAUUAUUAUUACAUUAUUAUUAAUGUUUCUAUCGUUUUAUAUAUAAAUAAAAAGGAAAUAAAGUUCAAAUCUGUACAUAAUUAAUCCGUAAAUAAUUUCUGGAGUGUUGCGAAAUUCAAACAAAGAGGAGUCUGUUCUCUCUCCACACAUAAAUUUGCUAUAGGAUAGUACCACCGGAACCACUCAUCUUGCAUCUCUCUCGGACCGGCUUCUCUCUCGCAGUUCACACUCCAGUUAGGAUAGAGCUCAAUGGAUAAAUUAACUUGACAUUAUAUCUUACAUUUAUAUACUAUGUGUACGAUGAGAAGAAUUUUUUUAUGCACUUCAAUUUGAGAUUAUCAGUUUCACUGCAGGAACGAUUACUCAAAAUAAUAGGCUGCCAACCAUUCAUUCUAACACUAGAAUGAGUCUAAAAGUAGAAUGCGAAGAUCUAAACGUAAAUAGUAUACAAGGAUCUCUCUUUUAGGUUAGUCGAAAUUAGUCGGAAUACAUGGUAUACAAAUUUUUCAUUCUCGACUGCAAAUGUGAUGCGUUUUAAUAAAAUAUUGACGACUAUUGUACUUUAUAGGAUGUUAAAGAUAUCAUUUUUAUAUGUAAGUCGUUCAACGAGCGCUAAUAACGAUGUGUACAUAGUGUAAAAAUACAAAAAGAAUUAAGGAAAAAAUACAAAAAAGCGUAUGUGCAUGUAUGUACGAGUAUUACGAAAUAUUAAAUUUCUAUUGUUAUACAUAAUACCUACUACACUUUGGUUUCUUUAGAGGGAUACAUAAU